AUGAGCUCCCCCGGAGCGGUUUCAGCGGCCGCUGGCCGCGGUAACAGGAACUCGGACGCUGUUGCCCAGGAAUACCAAGUCAUUCUGCCGCCACUUCCAACAGGUACUACAGUUUUGAAUACAGUUUUUUUGCAUGCCGACGUGAGUGCAAGGCCCUACCGUCUGGAGCAUUUUCGCGAGGCCCUUGUCAGCGCGACACUGUUCGCCGAGGUGGUCGCCAUGGGGGCGUACCAAUACAAUCACGUGUGGGCGGUUACCCUCAAGAGUGCCGAAGGAAAAAAGAAGCUGCUCGCCGCCGGCGAGCUGUUCGUCAAGGGGCGCCGGUGUAUCGUGGUCGACCCGAGCAACCAGGACACACGCCUGAAGUUACACUGGCUGGUGCACCACGUUCCCGACGAUGAAGUGCGAGUGGCCCUGGCACCCUAUGGCAAGGUUACGGAAGUCGUCAGAGACCAGUGGCGGGCCGCGGGCGUGUGCUCAACAACGCGCUCGGUGUCACUCAGGCUCAAGGCUGGAGUCACGGUGGACGCCCUCCCACAUCAACUGCGUGUCGCCGGCGACCUGGUCCUGGUGGUCGUCCCAGGCAGGGCACCGCUCUGCCUUCGGUGCCGGGGGAAGGGGCACAUACGGCGGGAGUGUCGUGUACCGCGUUGUGUGCUCUGUCGACGCUUCGGUCAUGACGAGAGCCAGUGCGUUAGGACCUACGCGUCCGUCACGGGGCCCUUAGGAAACGAAGACGAGGCUGAACAUCUUAUGGACGUGGCCGAGUCCGAAGCAGCUGCCUGCGACGAAGCUGGUGGACCACUUCCAGGGGCAACGCCCCCUGACCGCACCGCUGGGGAUAAGAAAGAUUUUGAGGGUGAAGGAGAGCAGCGCCUGCAACCUGCAGAGCCAGUAAUAGGCGACACCCCUUCGGCGGAGGGCACCAAGACCGCAAGUUCGGUCCCUGCGACGACGUCCUGCAAAAAGCCGGAAGCCAUGAGUGUCGAGGUGGCAGGCACCAGCGGCGCUGUCGCCAAGCGAGCUCGUGAAGAAGGCGUCGACGAGAGACCCAACUCCGGUGAGGCCCUCCCCGAUGAGCCGCCCCCCAAAACGGCUCCAGUACGCCGGGCAACCGUCAAGCCGAAGCCCAACAUUCCGCCGGAAAGACGUGCGUCGGUGAUAUCGCCCCCAUAGCAGCGAGGGCCCGCGCUUGGCUAGGCACCGCUUAUCGGACUGGAGACCGACGUGACUCUGACAGGACGGCGGCUUCGCGUCUUCACGGCGAGGCAUGUAAUGAGGUGUUCGGCGAUCCCAUGGGUGGGUGCACCGAGCGACGCAGCAAGACUGUGAGUCUGUCGCCGUUCUCAGCGACCCGAGGUAAG